ACGGACAGGUUCUCAGAUCCAUACUGGUGCCUCAACGAUGUCAGCCAUUCGCUCCUUUGACUGUAAAUACCAACUCACAUAGUUCGGCCCCUGUGCCACACUCUCCCGCAUCGCCCUCUCCUCGUACCCCCAAACAGGAGUCCAAUGCAACGAGCAAGCAGGAACAAGAAGCUCUCAGAAGUCCCAUCAGCCCCACUUCCGCCAAUCAAAAGACAUCUCUACCGGUGACUUCUGCGUCCCCUCUCUCCUUAUGGCACUUCCUCAGUGAUCUUCCUUCCCGCGUCCAUGGACCACGCCAAAACUUGUAUCUCCUGGCAUUCUAUUUCUGUAUCGCCACUUUGAUCACCUUUCUGCCGUUUACCUAUCAUUUCGUUUGGUACAUUGAUACUCCCCGGAUCGAAUUUGUCGCUACGCUAUAUCUGGCAGCAGUAUUACAGGAUAGCAAGAACGUCCCGGGUUUAAGCAAUAAGGAAAAGGUGAAUAUUCUCUUUAUCUAUUAUUCUGCUUGUGCUGAGCUUUCACUAGCGCCAAAGAGGUAUUCCCUCUUUCCAAAGGCUAGUCAAUCUUCGAUGGCUUGUGUCUUUCUGGGAACUCAAAUGAUUUGGAGUACUGAAGCCGCUUAUGCCUCAAACAGCGUCACCGUUUCUUCAUUCGCUUGGACUUUCAAAGGCACAGACUGCAAUUGUCUUUUUGGCGGCUCCUCUUUCUGGCCUUCUGGUUCAGCCAUUGAUUGGGGCACUAGCAGACCAUUCAAAAUCAAGAUUUGGCCGUCGACGACCAUUCAUGCUAAUAGGUUCAAUUUUGUGCGCACUCUCCUUACUAGGCCUAGCGUGGUCGACCACUAUAGCAAAGGUACUUGGUGA